AUGGAGUCGACAACAACUUCUUAUAAUAUGAGGAGUCCAGCUGUUAAAAGGCUUUUAAAAGAGGCUCGCGAAUUACAACAAGAUACUUGUAGCGAUUAUACAGCCCAACCACUUGAGAAUAAUUUAUUUGAAUGGCAUUUUGUAAUUCGUGGACCUGAUUCAACAGAAUUCGAAGGUGGAAGAUAUCAUGGACGAAUACUUUUGCCAUCUGAAUAUCCAUUCAAGCCACCAAAUCUGAUGCUUAUGACUCAAAAUGGUAGAUUUGAACUUAAUAAGAAAAUAUGCCUUAGUAUAACUGGAUAUCAUCCUGAAUAUUGGUUACCAGCUUGGGGAACAAAUGGAGCAAUUGGUGGAAUUGAUUAUACAGAGUCAGAGAGAAAAAUAUUAGCAAAAAGGAAUUUGAUUGAGACUGCUGUCAACAACAAUGAAUACAAGAAAUCUGACAAUAUCCAUAAUAUUAAGUAG